GCCCACAGGACCCAGCUGACACAAGUGAGAGUAUCAAAUGGAUGACAUGAUGGAUGGAAAUGUCCUUGUGAUGCUGGAAGAUUUUGUCUCGGAGCCACUGGUCACUUGGAUACAAACCUUGGGGAGCCUGGUGAACCCUAGAUGUGAUCAGUCCCCUUCUCUUCAGGAGACAAGUGCUGAAGGUCCCAAGGAAUUUUUCCUCAAGUUAGUCAAUGGAGACUUCCUCAUCCACAUCAUGGAGAUGAUAGACCUGAUUCCUGGCGGAGCACGACCUUCAUGGAGUGAUCAAAGCGAGGAAGGACAUAGGUUGCAAAUGCUCCAGACUGUCCUCCACCGGCUGACCAGCUUCUACCAGAAUGAUCUGCAACAACUUAUUGUUUUAUCACCACCUAACGUCUAUCUUCUGGCUCGAGACCCCCUCACAGCCCAGGCUGUUGGUGAGAUGAGAAAGCUGUUGCUGCUAUUGCUGGGGAGUGCUGUUCAGUGUGAACGACGAGAAGAAAUCAUUGGCCGUAUCCAGAUGCUGGACAUUGAUACCCAGGCUGCCCUGGCCUCUGCCAUCCAAGAGGUGACCCAGGAGCCCAAGAAUGUGCUGAGGUUGAAUUGGAAGGAACUGAGACAUGCAGAGAUGGAAGAGUUCCUACAGGAUCUGAUGUCUCAGAUUCAAGGAUUGGUGCGUGAGCGGGAUGCAGUCUUGGAGAAAUUGUGGGAGCUGCAGCAGGAUAAGGAAACAUGGCCAUUGGUUCCCCCGACAAAUAACAACUGCCAGCAUCUUGGGGUGCAGUUGGCUGAAGCUCGGGUCCAGGUGCGACGUCUGCAGCAAAUGCUAGAGGAGAAGAUGGAGGAGCUGCUGGAUCUACAGGAUGAACUGAAGGAUUUGGAGGGACAGCUCCAGAAGAUGCGAGAAGAGAACCGGGGAUUGGAAAGGGAGGCCCGCCUCACCAUGCUGUACCGGGAUGAACUGGAUGCUUUGCAGGAGAAAGUGUUGCGGACAGAACGGCUUCAGACAGAGCUGACAGCCCUGAGAAGCCGUCUACCUGCAUUGGAGCAGUGCCAAGCCCAGCUGAAGGAAGAACGUGAAUUUUCUCAGGCACUACUGGAUACGAAGGCCAUGCUGGAGGAACAACUGGAGACAGCUUGUACCCGGGGAAAGCACCUGAAGCAGCUGGAAAAGGAGAAAAGGCACCUACAAAGCAGCUUGACUCAGAUGCAACAGGAACGGGAUCAGCUUAACCACCAGAUAGAAGAGCUUCUGAGAGAAAACGUGGCUCUUGAGAGGCAGCUGAAGCAAAGUUUGACAGAGCCCCUUGAUGUCCUCUGGUCCGAAAAGCUCGAAUAUGACUAUCUUCCACAUGAAUCAUCUGACGCUCCCAUUUUGUUGAACUACGAAAUGAAGGAAUCGGGUCGUUUGCUGGUUUUGGAGCAAGAGAAUGCAAAAUUGUCCAGGAGGCUGCAGGAGGAGCUGCAAAGCCCUGUUGGAUCUAGGAGCUUAGACCCAGAGUCAGAAAACACCGAACAGGACAAAGAGCUAGAAUCACGGGAAAACCAGGCAGGACUAAAGGUGGGGAAGCAGUCUUUACCAGAGUCCCGAGAGCAGCAAGAACCCAAGGAUCUUGGUUUAGAAAGGAAGGGAAAGCAAGAAACCGAAGAGAGAGUGGCAAGGAUGGAGACAGCUUUGUCAGAGGCUCAAACUCUGUUGCGAGAGGCUGAGCAGAGUCGGGAGAAAGUGUCCCACCAAAUGUUAGCUCUUGAAGACAGGCUGAGGAGCCUUCAGGAAGCUCAUGGCAACACUCUGGAGAAGCAUGAACAAGAGCGUGCGCAAUGGCAAUUGGAGACCGAGCAUCUACUGGAAGAGGUCCAGGCCUUGGAACGAGAGCAAGAAGCCCUCCGAGCUGGUUCCCAGGCCUUGCAGACUGCAGCUACUCAGACUGAGUUGGAGUUGUGGGAGGCCAGGCAGAGCCUUCAAGGCGAACGGUUGAAGGGGGCCCAACUGGCCCAGAAAGCCCAGCAGGCAGAAGAGGACAUGGACGAAGCUCGACGUGAGCUGGAGGCCAUGCGAGGCAUCUUGGAGCAGCACAAGGUAACUGUGGCUCAGCUGGGGGCUGAGAAGGCUCUUCUGGAGGACCUCCUGAGUCAAGCCGAGACCCAGCAGCGGCAACUGGACAAGGACAACCGGCGCUUGAAAGCCCAGACUCAAGCCCAGGAGGAGGCCCUGGUGGCUCAAAGCAUCCGCCUCGUCCACCUCGAGGCACAAGCCCAGCGGCAGGCAAUGGAGCUGAGCAGCUUGCAAGAGGCUGCCCAGGUUCACAAAGAACUGGAGCAGGAGGCUGCUGUUUUGAGAGAGCAGCUGAAAGCCAAGUGUCAAGUUUCAGCUAUCUUGGAGGAGGAACUCCAGAAGGAAAAGGAAAGGAGGAAUGAGAAAGAGCAGAAGGAGAAGGAGAAGUCAGCCACCUUGACUCAAAAGAAGGAACAGCUGCUGGAGAAGGAAGAGAGUCUGCAGGUAGAUAUGGAAAGCAAGAAGUGCAGUGAGGCAAUGCAAGGGGAACCUUCCAACAAGAAGAUGGAGCUGGAGGAAGAGAGUGGCGCACACAGAAGGCAGCAUGAGGAAAAGCAGGAUUUUAUGUCCCAACGCACAAGCAACCAUCAGGCAAAGAACGGUGGUGUUAUUCCACUGGUUUUGGAGGAACUGCCUAUGGCCCAGCUUUCUGAGACUCAGAGUAGGAUCAGUCCUGACUUGCUGCCCCUCCAGUCAGAGGGAAGAAGUAAAGCCUUGAGUUUGAAACUAAAUGAAGUGGAACACAAGAAUGCUGUCCUGCAGGCUGAGAAAUCCACACUAACGGAGCGCCUAGGCCAACUGCAGUUGCAAAUAAGCAACUUACAAGGCGCACUGUCAGCCCUGCAAGGCCAGAGCUCUGACGCAAAAGAAGAAAGUGGGAAUGGGAAAUGGCAGGCUGAGAACAGCGCACUGAAGGUGGAGGUAGCUUCACUGCGUUCCCAGCAAGUGCUACUGGAUUCUCAGCUCUCAGAUCUGCGGCAGAGGCAGUCCGUCCUGGAGACCGAAGCCCAGAGAGCCCAGCACAAGCAGGAGGAAUGGCGGGGACGUUUUGAGGCUCUCCUGCGUGAUCAUGACCGCCUGACGGUGUUGCAUGAGCGCCAGGGAGCAGACCUGGAGGGGCUUCUGGGAAAGCAUACAAGAGUCAAGGGGACAUUGCGUCACCUCGAGCAGGAGCACCGUGAACUGCAGGACAGACAUAGCCAGCUGUUAGGUCAGAAGAGUGCUCUUGAACAACGGGAAGAGGCACUGCAGGGACAAAAGAUGCGCCUGGAAGAGACGGCGCAACUCCACCGGGAACUGGAGGAACAGCACAACAAACUAAAAGAGGAGCAUGAACGGGUGAAAAAGACACUGACAGAGAUGGAACAGGGAUGGGAUGAUCUCCAGGCGGAGCUUCAAGGAAUGAGGAACAGGGUGACAGGCCUGCAAUUGGACCAUGCAAGGCUAGAGGCUGAAAGUGCAGCUCUGAAGGAGCAGAACCAACAGCUGGAUACAGCACUGGGACGCCUGAGCACCCAAUGCGAGCUUCUGGCCCAAUUGAAGGGGAACCAGGAGGAGGAGAACCGGCACCUUCUUCAGGAGAUCCAAGCCCUCAGCAGGGAGAACAGACGUCUGCUAGAACGCAAUAUGGAGAGCAAGGAGCACUUUCAGGAAGAGCAGCGCCAGUAUUUAGACAAACUGGGUGAAUUGCGUAGGGAAAAACAGAAGCUAGUGGAGAAGAUCAUGGACCAAUACCGGGUGCUGGAGCCAACACUGCCUCGUGGCAAGAAAAGUAACUGGAUUGCAGAGAAAAUAAGGAAGCUGAUGAAACCUCGCCGGGAAGCUCCCCGUGAGCACAUGCGUCUCAUGGCUGAAGUUGCUGGUAGUAGUGAAAGCCUAUCUGGGCAAGAGGAGCCUGAGGCUGAUAUUUCCAGCAUUCCCAGCUCACCAGCCUCUCUACACAAGGCCAGCAGCACCCUCAGCAUCUUGGAUGCCCAGCAGGUACACUUCCGUCGCCGUAGGCUGAGCUCACGCAUGCCAGCGGUGGAUUCUUCAGGGUCUGGGGAUGGCGAGGGGCAGGACACACCGCGACAGCGCUUCCGACAGCGCCGACUUGGUAUGUUGGGAGGGUCUUAUGAAGAGGCUGUCAUCGCUGAAGCCAAAUCGGAAGUCCCAAGUCAGGUAUCGACAAUCACCCAAGAGAAGAGAAGUGAGGAGAAAUGAGAGGACUAUCGCAAGGCAAGGAAGAGAAACCUGUCAGUGACAGCUGUGAUGUUCUCUUCUGCUCGUGGCGUGCCAGUGCUGUGAACGUUGUAUUGUCUCUUCUCCCUCCACAAUGAAUACAGAUCGCCAGAUCUCAUUAGGAAAGAUGUGCCAUUAAUGAAGAACCUAAGAGACCAACACUUCCCAUCUCAGGACUUGGACCUUCUGUGGCCAUCACAUUGAGGAGGAGGAAUCUCAGGAUGAUAUCACAGUCUUGAAGUCUGUGUGUGUCUGUGUUCAUGCUCCUUUGUGUUAAUGACUUCUCAGCAGCCAUGGUUGAUGCUCAGUGUAUCAUGCUUAAUGAUUUCAUCAGGACCUUUUCUCUCUGACUUCACCUGGAACCGGUCCUUGGUCUCAGGUUUUGGUCUGAAAUGUCAGUACCCUGGAUGGUAUUAAUCUGGCAUCUCUAAGGAACCCAUUUCGGUGGUGCCAAGCUCCCAGCUGGUCCAGAGCUAUGUUUCCAAGUAGCCAGGCAGAUGACUGGGAAGCUUAGAAGUACUGGUGGAAGACAAUAGCGUUCCCUUGUGAUCUGCCCUUGCUGUGCGACGAUUGCCAAUAGACUGCUCCUGAACAUGGAGGUUCAGUUUAGCUCUUCUUGCUAAUUGCCUGUGAAGGGUCUUUCCUUUAUCAAUGUUGACUUGCACUUUAAAAUCAGUGGCCUUCACCCCAUCAUGUGCCAGAAAGAUAGCCUCUCUUUCUUCUGAAGAUCUGCCUCUAGGCUGACUUUAUGAGAGCAAAGGACAGAGUUCUUGUUGGUUUUUACAUUGUCCUUUUUUAGCCCACUAAUUCUUGGUCAGCCACAACAGUCCAGUUCUGCCCCUCUGUAGCCUUCCUUAGGGCCUAACUAUUCAUUUGGUACUGCAUAGCUUACCAGUACUUUUAUUUAACAAAUAGGUGGCCCUCCUCACUCGAUCAAGAAGACUCUGGUGGGAAGAAGCCAUUUUCUUUGCUCCCACUAUCAUCUGAUUAAUAUCACCCCACUCCCUGCUACACACCAAGGGCCUGCAUUGGGGUUGCAUAGGUGUAAAUCUUUACUUGAAGUUACAGUACAUGCUGGUUGUGCUGUUCAACCCUUGUGUUAAAUUGCAAUGUUGUGCAACUGGAGAUUGUCCAGUCCAGAGACUAGAACACAAACAGAGGAUUCAAAUUGAAAGAAUGGCUUACAUAUAUUCAUAUACCCAUUUUUAUAUUUUUUUAAAAAUGAAAGUAAUAAGUUAAUUUUGAAAGUAAUUUAGAAGUAACACAUUUAACACUACUACUAAAAGUAGUGCAAUAUGCCACUUUUUUCUGGCCAGCAAGGAAGGAGAAUUUAUUUUUUUAUUUUUAAAGGUAAAACUAGCACAAACAUAUACAGUUGCCUUCUGUUUUUGUGGGGGAUCUGUUCCGCCCCCCCCCCAUGAUAAUGGAAAAUUGAUGUUAUUCAAACCCCAUUAGCUUGAAUGACGGUGCGUACCCCAUUUUGUCCCCCUCCGUUUGCCACCCGCAAAUGGGUGAGGGAUGCAGAUUUCAACUCCGCGAAAAAGGAGGGGCGGCUAUAUUACAUAUUUAAAAUAAUUUCCCAUGUAGUGGUAUGUGUGAUGGGAUUGGAGUAAGGAUUUGAAUUCCAAUUGGAAGUCUAUCUUGAACCUUAGUCUGGUUUUUGAAAGAAGUGGGCUGGAGUCCUACUGUCUGCUAGGAAUUUUCUUUUCUUCUUUUCUUAGUGGUGCUACAGAAUUAUCUUUCAUCUCUUUAUCUGAGACAGAGGAACAUGGCUAGGUCUCUGAAUCUUACUACAGGUUGAAUUUCUCGUAUCUGGAAUUCUAAGAUACGAAACAUCCCAAAAAACUAAACUAUUUUCAUGGGUGGCUGAGACAGUUUGGUGUACACACUUUGCUUUCUGAUAGUUCACUGUACAUACACUUGGUUUCAUGCCCAAAAUCAUUGAGAAUAUGGUAUAAAAUUGCCUUCAGGCUAAUACCUAUAUAGUAUAUAUGAAACAUACAUACAUUUCAAAGAAAGCAAGGCUGACCCCCCUCCCUUCUGCCCUUUCGCUGGCAAGUAAAAAUAUUAUGGGGUAGCUGUAUUAUUAUUAUUAUUAUUAUUAUUAUUAAUAAUAAUAAUAAUGUAAUUAUAUUUCCCGCCUCUCCCUGCAGAUUGAGGCAGGAUUACAACCGGUAAAAUGCAUACUAAAUAUAAAAUGCAGAGAUGCAACCAUUAAGCAAUAAUAUUUCAAUUAAAAUUAGCAGAGGCCAUCAUACAAUGAUAGCAGCAACCAUAGAUCACAGAAUUUUCUGAUGGUAGGAGUGGAGCAUUUAAUAUCAUGAUUUCUUAUACUAUAUUAGAUGGUGUGUUUUAACUUUUGUAUGUUUUUAGUCUUCAAUUUAUACCAUUUUAACUGUGUUAUUUUUAAUUGCUUUUAAAAUAUUUUUAAGGUGUUUUAUCUUGUGAGCUGCCUCGGGUCCCUUUUUGGGAGAAAGGCGACAUAAAAAUGAAACAAACAAACAAACAUGAAGUCGAAGGCAUGUUUGGUAGUAAGCAUUUCAGAUAAGGGAGACUCAACCUGUACCAAAGAAGGAGACUUUGUAAAGGAGUGUUGUUUCUCAUUUAUAAGGUGGCAUGGGGCAGUUUGGGAGUUCAAUAAAGAUGAUUGACUUAUUGAUUAUCAGUGCAUUUUUUAUGGUAGAUUAUGAAGACGGUGAGAGAAUGGGCUACAGGGAUAUAAGCCGAUGUUUUGCAAGCAGAAAUCACUACAGCCGGUCCUCCACAUUUGAGGGUUUGAUUAUUUCCGGAUUUGGUCAACAUGUCCUUUCUAGGAAUCCCUAAGUCCUCCAGAGAGAUUCUGCUGGAAAUUGACCAUAGAGUUGCACUGGAGGAUCUAGAGAUGAUUAGAGAAAGCACUUCUCUGGGCAUUUCUAGGUCCUCCAGCCUGAUUCUAUGGUCUAUUUUUGGCAGGUGUUGACCCCAGAGUUGCGCUGGAGGACCUAGAGAUCCCUAGAAAGGUGGUCUCUCAGGUUUAAAACGUACUGCUUUCUUAUUUGCGGGUUUUCCACUUUCACAGGGAGUUGUGUGCCCCUAACCCCAGCGAAUGUGGAGACCCCACUGUAGUGAUUUGUCUGGGUGUAAGAUAGCCCUCCUGCAUCUUUCCGAGGUGAGAGUAGAUCCAGAGCAUCUUACUUUUCAGGAGGGAUGCCAUGUUCAGUUCCCACCAGUGUUGCCAGCAAGCCUCGAAGAUAUUCCCCCAGAAUGUUUUACCAAAAUCCAAAAUCCCCAGAAUUCCCCAAUAUUUAU